AUGCUGCUCAGUGACACUGGUCCAAGGAGUCUUCAACCCGUCGACAGCGCCAGUCUUUUCUCCUACAUGACGUUUCAUUGGCUGACUCCUCUGGCUGUUCAUGCCCAUAGGAAAGGACAGCUCCUAAUGGAUGACAUCUGGCCCAUGUCACAGAGGGAGGGUUGCUGUAACAACAGCCUACGGUUUGCGUCUCUGUGGGAGGAAGAGCAGAGGUCAAAGGGCAACAAGGCAUCUCUGUGUUUGGUGGUUUGGUCUUUCUGUCGGACUCGCCUCCUUCUGUCCAUCCUCUGUCUCACCGUCACACAGCUGGCUGGUUUUAGUGGACCGGCAUUUGUGGUAAAGCGUUUGCUGGUGUACACCCAGCAGAGGGAGCCAGACCUGGGCUGUGGUCUGCUGUUGGUUGUGGGUCUCCUCACCACCAAGCUGGUUCGGUCAUGGUCCCUGGCUCUGACCUGGGCCCUGAACUACAGGACUGGAUCCAGGUUGCGAGGAGCUGUUCUCAGCCUGGCCUUCGAUAAGAUCCUGCGUCUCCGCAACAUCAAGGACAAAUCAAUGAGACAGCUGGUGAACAUGUGUUCCAGUGAUGGUCAUAGGAUGUUUGAGGCUGCAGCAGUAGGAAGUUUGUUGGGGGGCCCCCUGGUGGCCAUCCUUGGAGUGGCCUACAACCUGUGUGUACUGGGACCAACAUCCCUUCUGGGAUCAGCAGUCUUCAUCCUCUUCUACAACACCAUGAUGUUCAGCUCCAAACUGACAGCAUACUUCCGGAGGAGGGGCGUGGCCGUGAUCGACAGACGUGUCCAAAAGAUGAAUGAGAUCCUAACCUACAUCAAGUUCAUCAAGAUGUACGCCUGGGUCAAGGCCUUCUCCCAGGACAUUCACCGUAUUCGAGCAGAAGAGCGCCGGAUCCUCGAGCUCACAGGUUACUUUCAGAGCAUCACAGUGAGCAUGGCUCCCAUCGUUGUUGUCAUUGCCAGUGUGGUUACAUUCUCCACCCACAUGUCGUUAGGAUACGACUUGACAGCUGCUCAGGCCUUUACUGUGAUAACUGUCUUCAAUGCCAUGACCUUUGCCCUGAAGAUCACUCCGUUUUCAGUAAAGUCUCUGUCUGAAGCUUCAGUUGCGAUGGAGAGAUUUAAGGUACCUCACACACACACACACACACGCACACACACACAUAUAAGAGGACUAAGGAAAACAUGUCCCACGCCCUGUCUGGGAACAUACGUGUGUGCAGGGAAAUCAUCUCUAGGUGUGGUCUUGUUCCGGUUGGUAGAAAGCUGCAGUGGCUCCAUCCUGAUUGAUGGUGUCAACAUCAGUGAUGUUGGACUGGCCGACCUCCGCAGCAAGCUGUCGAUCAUUCCACAGGACCCAGUGCAGUUCAGUGGAACGGUCAGGUCGAAUCUGGACCCGUUUAACCGGUACAGUGAGGACCAGAUUUGGGACGCUCUACAGAGGAGUCACAUGAAGGAGUGUGUAUCCCAGUUGCCCCUGAAGCUUGAGUCUGAGGUCAUGGAGAAUGGAGAAAACUUUUCUGUGGGAGAGCGACAGCUACUGUGUAUCGCUAGGGCUCUGCUGAGGCACUGUAAGAUCCUGAUCCUGGAUGAGGCUACAGCAGCCAUGGAUGCUGAAAUGGAUGCUUUGAUCCAGGAGACAAUCAGGAGCUCAUUUCAGGACUGCACUACACUAACCAUUGCUCACCGCCUCCACACCAUCCUUGCCUCUGACCGCAUCAUGGUGCCCAACCAGGGACAGGUCGACCACACAGCUCGGCUGUGCUCAAUGCUGGCGGCAGUGGAAAACAAGAUCUCUGUCCGAGGAUGAAGAUGGACUGAGUGAUCUCAGACCUGCUACAUGUGCUGUCCUUAAAUCCGUCCUGUUGUCCUCUGACAUCUGUCUUGCCAUCUAUCUUGAUGUCUGUCCUGGCAUCCCCAAAUAUCUGUCCUCACAUCCAUCUGGAUGUCCCUCCUGGCAUCCAUACAGUCAAUGAUGUUCUUCAUGUUACUCACUGCUACUUUUGGACUCAGACUUGGCUGUGAUUCAUGCAUCUGGGUCUUCCUGGUCUUUAGUUUUUAGGAUGUGGGUCAUGUGUACGGCUUUGAGUAUUUAUUUGCUCUUAAAUGAGAAGUGAUGCGUCCAUGGUCUCAUAGAAAUCACAACUUGCUGUGGUGGAUGAUCAGGAUGAAUCAUGUGAUCGUGUGACAACCUGUCACCUGCUGUCUCUGGUGCUGCCACACUGAGUCAUGAGUACUUCCUGUUGGUCCUCAUGUGUCUGCAGGAUGCCACAGUAUUGGAUGGAUAGAGCUUUCAAAAAAGGAACUGAAAUUUAGCAUUUCAAUUUUAUCUUUGAGCGUGUGUGUUUUAACAGCAUGACUUAAUUCA